ACAGAGAUGCUAUGAAGAGGCAGAGCCCAUAUUGCGUUGGACGAGAGCCAGCUGUGUCAGAUGCUGUCACGGAGCGCUGAAACACUCCUGCGAGCUGCAAUGGGACACAGUAAGGCCGUGGACACGAUAAGAAAUCUCUUUAGUCCUCUUUUUCUAUCACAACACCAACACUAGACAGCAGAGGAGUCCAUUAUCUGAAAUUAAUGUCAGCUGCGUUGCGGAGGCAGCCUCAAGCUGCACCUCCAUAUCUAAGUAAACCCAUGGAGGCGUGGCCUCACCAGUUCCCACACUGCUGCCACUGGUAACACCAGCCAAGUGAACAGCAAUGCCUUCUAAGGUCUCCUGCUUAUACUUGCUGACAGUGGUUUGUUGGGCCAGCGCUCUGUGGUACCUGAGUGUGUCCCGCCCCUCCACUUCCUAUGUGGGCCAGCUCACCAUCCCCAUACGCAAGGUGCCCAAGGUGAACAAGAAUGCCACCUUCAGCAACAUCCGAACGCGCUCGCUCAACCCACACGACUUUGGCUACCUCAUCAACGAGGCCAAGAAGUGCGAGGCCGAGCCUCCCUUUCUUGUGAUCCUGAUCAGCACCACCCACAAGGAGUUUGACGCCCGUCAGGCCAUCAGAGAGACAUGGGGUGACGAGAGCACGUUUCCGGACGUGCGCGUGGUCACGCUCUUCCUGUUGGGUCGCAGUACCGACACUGUUCUCAAUCAGAUGGUGGAGCAAGAGAGUCAGAUCUUUCAUGACAUUGUAGUGGAGGAUUUUAUUGAUUCUUAUCACAAUCUGACGCUAAAGACGCUGAUGGGCAUGCGUUGGGUGGCUACGUUUUGCCCUAAGGCUCAGUAUGUCCUCAAGACGGACAGUGACAUCUUUGUCAACAUGGAGAACCUCAUCUACAACCUCCUGAAGCCCACCACCAAGCCCAGGAGGAGGUACUUCACCGGGUACGUCAUCAAUGGUGGGCCAAUCAGAGACAUGCGCAGCAAGUGGUACAUGCCCAGGGAUCUGUACCCAGAGAGCAAGUACCCCCCCUUCUGCUCCGGCACGGGUUACGUCUUCUCAGCGGACGUGGCCGAGCUCAUAUACAAGACCUCGUUACACACCAGGCUGCUACACCUGGAGGACGUGUACGUCGGCGUGUGCCUCCGUAAGCUCGGCAUUCACCCCUUCCAGAACAGCGGCUUCAACCACUGGAAGAUGGCCUACAGCCUCUGCCGCUACCGCCGGGUGGUCACCGUCCACCAGAUCUCCCCCGAGGAGAUGCACCGCAUCUGGAACGACAUGACCAGCAAGAAACACCUCAAGUGUUAGCAGGACUGUUUUUGCUAGCACCGGCGAGAGAGUCAGGGAGGAAUUGACCGCCGUCUUAUCAACUGCUUCUCCAUCGUUGGCAUUGGCAAAUACUCUCCAGCACA